CGCCCACCCGGCUGUCGGCGGUCACGUGGGACUCAGCUGGGGGCCGCGGGGGGAAGCUGGGCCAAGAUGGCGACAAUGAGGAACGCGCUGCCGCGGAGGCUGGUGGGCUUAGCGUCUCUCCGGGCUGUCAGCACCUCUUCUCUGGGUACUUUCCCAAAGCGAGUGAAAAUUGUGGAAGUUGGUGCCCGAGAUGGACUACAGAAUGAAAAGAAUAUCGUAUCUACUUCUACAAAAAUCAAGCUGAUAGACAUGCUUUCUGAAGCAGGACUCCCCGUUAUAGAAGCCACCAGCUUUGUGUCCCCCAAGUGGGUGCCCCAGAUGGCUGACAAUGCUGAAGUUUUGAAGGGCAUCCAGAAAUUUCCUGGCAUCAACUACCCAGUCCUGACCCCGAAUAUCAAAGGCUUCCAGGCAGCGAUUGCCGCUGGAGCCAAGGAGGUGACUGUCUUUGGAGCUGCCUCAGAGCUGUUCACCAAGAAGAACACCAAUUGCUCCAUUGAGGAGAGUUUACAGCGAUCUGAUGAGAUCCUGAAGGCGGCUCGGGCCGCCGAUAUCCCCGUGCGUGGGUAUGUCUCCUGUGUGCUUGGAUGUCCCUAUGAAGGGAAGAUCUCCCCGGCCAAAGUAGCUGAGGUCACCAAGAAGAUGUACUCAAUGGGCUGCUACGAGAUCUCCCUGGGGGACACCAUCGGUGUGGGCACUCCUGGGGUCAUGAAGGACAUGCUGUCUGCGGUCAUGCAUGAGGUGCCUGUGGCUGCCCUAGCUGUCCACUGCCAUGACACCUACGGCCAGGCCCUGGCCAACACCUUGAUGGCCCUGCAGAUGGGAGUGAGUGUCGUGGACUCUUCUGUGGCAGGACUUGGAGGCUGUCCCUAUGCACAGGGGGCAUCCGGAAACUUGGCCACAGAGGACCUCGUCUACAUGCUGUCUGGCUUGGGCAUUCACACGGGUGUGAACCUCCAGAAGCUCCUGGAAGCUGGGACCUUUAUCUGCCAAGCCCUGAACAGAAAAACCAGCUCCAAAGUGGCUCAGGCUACCUGUACGAUGGCAGAGAAGGUGCUGGUGACGGGCGGGGCUGGCUACAUCGGCAGUCACACCGUGCUGGAGCUGCUGGAGGCCGGCUAUUUGCCCGUGGUCAUCGACAACUUCCACAACGCCAUCCGUGGAACGGGCUCCCUGCCUGAGAGCCUGCAGCGGGUUCAAGAGCUUACAGGCCACUCUGUGGAGUUUGAGGAGAUGGACAUCUUGGACCAGGCAGCUCUACAGCGUCUCUUCAAGAAGCACCGCUUUACGGCAGUCAUCCACUUUGCGGGCCUCAAGGCAGUGGGAGAGUCCGUGCAGAAGCCUCUGGAUUAUUACAAAGUUAACCUGACUGGAAGCAUCCAGCUCUUGGAGAUCAUGAGGGCCCACGGGGUGAAGAACCUGGUGUUCAGCAGCUCGGCCACCGUGUACGGGAACCCACAAUACCUGCCCCUGGAUGAGGCCCACCCCACGGGUGGCUGUACCAACCCCUACGGCAAGUCUAAGUUCUUCAUCGAGGAAAUGAUCCGGGACCUGUGCCGGGCAGACAAGACCUGGAACGCGGUGCUGCUGCGGUACUUCAACCCCAUAGGCGCCCAUGCCUCGGGCUGCAUUGGCGAGGAUCCCCAGGGCAUCCCCAACAACCUCAUGCCCUAUGUCUCCCAGGUGGCGAUCGGGCGCCGGGAGGUACUGAAUGUCUUUGGCAGUGACUAUGACACGGAGGAUGGUACAGGUGUCCGGGAUUAUAUCCAUGUUGUGGAUCUGGCCAAGGGCCACAUCGCGGCCUUGAGGAAGCUGAAGGAGCAGUGUGGCUGUCGGAUCUACAACCUGGGCACAGGCACGGGCUAUUCAGUGCUACAGAUGGUCCAGGCCAUGGAGAAGGCUUCUGGCCAGAAGAUCCCAUACAAGGUGGUGGCACGGCGAGAAGGCGAUGUGGCUGCCUGUUAUGCCAACCCCAGCCUGGCCCUCAAGGAGCUGGGCUGGACAGCAGUCUUAGGGCUGGACAGGAUGUGUGAAGAUCUGUGGCGCUGGCAGAAGCAGAAUCCUUCAGGCUUUGGUGCACAGGCCUGAGACCCUCCCCUACCAUGUACCGGGAAAGGUCCAGCCUCUGGUGGGAACCCAGGGGUCGCAGCCUCCCCUACCUCAAACCCCAGCUGGGCCUUCUCAGCCUACCAGGCACGAAGCCAAGGGUUCCAAUGAUCAGGAGCUGGGGGGUCGGUAACUCUUCUCUACAGCAGGGUCCAGGAACCCAUCAGGACCACCGGAAGUGAAUGGGGGAACAGCGGGGCCCGAGACAGGCACUAAUUUAUACUGCUCUGAAAGAGCUUUCCGAAGUAUUUAAAAUAAACGUUUUCUAACGCUGA